AUGACACAUGUCAUCAUACAACACCUUAGAUCUAAACCUGGUUACAUCUCAUCUAUUGGAUUUUUUACCUGUGUGAUGGGAUUUAACUUUUAUUAUGCUCCCAAAAUAGAGAAUCCUCAAACCAGAUAUGCAUGUGCAGGAGUAUCUGCCACACUCUUUUAAGAGAUCUUGAUGCAUUCUAUAGACACCCUUAACAUGAAAGCAAAAGCCUUAGAUGCCUUUUUCAGUUCUAUAAUCGCUGAAUUAGUGUCUUUGGUCUUUUAUUACCCCUUUGAUCUUAUUAAAACUAGAAUAGGUACUCUAGAUGCUUUUAUGAAGAUUUAUAAUGAAAAACAAUACUAGGAAUAUGGUAAGUUUCUUCAGAGCUCUCUUAAGUUCACAAAUUUCUUUAAGGGAAUGUUUCUUUACAGCUUGACAUAUGCUACUUAUGUUGCGUUUUCAUUCUCACUUUUUGAAUCAUUUCUACUUUCUAUUGAAAACUUUAGAGAGGAGUUGAGAUUGAAAAAGCUUCAGGAUAAAAUAAAAAACUUAAAAGAUCAAAAUUAAACUUUAGAUGAAGAAUAUUUAAUCAAACUAAAGGAAGAAUAUGGAAUAAUAGAAGGAAAGAAAUCGAUUGAACAUUCCAGGGUUGACAUAGUAUUAGCAUCAUUUACGUCAGGAUGUAUCGCGGGUCUUAUCACAAAUCCAAUUGAAUAUUUAGCAGUUAAAAAAUAAAUCGAUGAGAAUUUUUCAAUUAAAAAAGCAUUCUAACGCAAAGGAAUCGUUUAUGACAUGCUAGUUAGGGGUAAUCUUCUUAGAUGUACAUACAAUGGGCUCUCCUCUAUAACAUUUUUCCUGUUUUUCUAGGAGUUAUGUCUUCCAAUGAAUGUGGAUAUUACGAUGUAUGAUGAAUGA